AUGCGCAGAUUGACGGACAUAACGGACCUACCCGUUGAACUUCUAGAGCACAUCUUCGCCUUUCUUCCCGACCAGAGCCUGACUGGGACCUCGCACGGCAUCGGAUGGCUGGUCGCGGCCCACGUAUGUCGCCUAUGGCGCGAAAUAGCUCUCUCAGCGAGCGGGAGGGUCGUUGAACUACAACUGCGGCCUGAUCGGGCUCAUCGAGACAUUCAAGCCCUUUCCCACGAACUAUUCUCCCCCCUCCCCGUCGCUCUCGUUGUCGAAGAGUAUCGGCUCGAUUUGACGCGCGUACCCGUGCUUAGUUCUCACUGGACGCAUACAUUACAUAUCCUCAAUCUCCUCAUGAACCGCGUCCAAGCACUCCACGUCAAACUUCGGCAACACACCGGCCGGCUACAGAACGAAAGGAUCGAGGAGCUCCUCGCGCUUGUGCUCGUACAGCCCACGCUGAAGGCUUUGGACAUCGGCUCAGACGUUGAUGUGGCUUGGAGAGCCGAGCGUGAGCUGAAGCUCAUGCCACUACCGGUUGAACUGCAAGGCGGAGGGCUUCGCAUACUCAAGGUACAGAAAUGUCGAUUGCAUGAACAAAGCGCGUUUCUUCCGACGCUCCGAACGCUUGAGGAGCUCAGCACCACAGUGCAUGGCCCCCUACAAUCAUUUCUCUUCGGACUUCACGCGACAUAUCUGACCUCACUGCAUUUGACUUGGUUGCCGCCGAGCGAUCCUGCACGGAACAACGACUCGGAAGAGCCAAAAGAGAUGCCUGCUCUACUUGAGCUAUCUCUACAGUCACCAGUAGAGGAUGCUCUCACAUUCAUGCACGCCAUCCACUCACCAGCGCUUGUAUCCCUCAAGUUCGAGUUUGUCCCCAAGCUUCGCUCUGGUACGGACACCAGCACCAGGCGGGCUACCGGUCCGCUGGUAGAUUGGCUCUCGUCUCGCUUCGGAGACGUCCCGAGUUGUACUCAGGUCAACAUAUCGGCCACCGCUCCCAUGCUACGUGUCAACAUGUCAUGGCGCUCAUCGGUAGCACGCCUGACGCAUCGGACGCUAAACAUCAGCUUUCCUCGUCUCCCCACGCAGGACCUUCCGUUCUCCACUGCAAGAGUGGAGGACUGUGCGGCUUUCCUCUCUUGCCUAUCUGACAAGUUUUCUGCAGUUGGCAAUACGACACGCGUAUCAGUCAUUGCGGACCCACCUACGUUCGUACGUCGUGGACCGACUCCGUACCCGACACUGUUGAAGGAAACCGUGCUGGAGUACCUGGACAAGUUGCACAGGACAUCGAGCUUGCAUCUUGGUUCAUACGCAGCGAUCAUGAUCUUAACACUUCCGGUGGGAUCGCUCCCGCUUUUGUCAGAGCUUCAGAUUGGCUCUUCUGACCCUGGAAGCACCGCCCACAAAUUGGACGAAGAUCAAGUCGCUUCUUUGCGCUCCGUGGCGCACAACGAAGCUGACUUACGACGGGGAAAGUGUCGGGUAGUGUUGGAUGGUGACGACCUCGCGAUGCAUGCCUCACGAACGGACUCUGGCCCUGCCGACGGGGCGGAGAACUCGGGAGUCGACCUCGUCGAUCGAGCAGUAACGGUUCUCCAUUUAUGA